AUGAUCAUUGGAAGCGGCAGAGUUGCCCGCCGGUACGUCGCCUUGCUGAUCUUUGCGCUCAUCUCCUUAGGGCUUUGGCGAUCACAGGCUAGCCGGCCGGUCUUUGAUUCUUCAAGCAAGCCUAUUGAGUAUAUCUCCAGUCGAUAUAACUGGGGCGAGUUAAAGCCAUUCCAUCCUCCAGAAACCUUGGUCCAACUGCCCCUGGGUACGCCAAAAACGCUCUCUAUUCAAAACUCUACAGCUAUCAACACAGCAGAGUCGGUCAUCCGCAAGGAGCGUAUCCGUGCCGUUUUUAAAGAGAGCUGGGAUGUCUACAAGAAGCAUGCCUGGGGUAAGGAUGAACUCCUGCCACUGUCCUUGUCAUCCACUAAGUCGCUUCACGGCUGGGGAGCGCAGAUUGUGGACGCUCUCGAUGGGUUAUGGAUCAUGGGCUUCAAAGAUGAUUUUCGAGCAGCAGUCCGUUUUGUAUCUGCUAUCGAUUGGUCCAACACACACGAUGAGGCUGUUAACGUCUUUGAGGUUACUAUCCGAUAUCUUGGUGGCCUGAUUUCCGCGUACGACUUAUCUGAAGAACCUCAGCUGCUUUUCAAAGCUACCGAGCUAGCAGAUAUGCUAUAUACCGUCUUUGAUACACCAAACCGUUAUCCUCAGCGAUGGCUAGACCUUGCCAAGGCCAAGGUUGGCAGCCAGAAAGACGAGUUCUCUAUGGGUCUUGCCGGAGCCGGUUCUAUGUGUCUUGAGUUUACUCGCCUUAGCCAAAUUACUGGAGACCCAAAGUAUUACACUGCGGUUGAGCGGGUUAAGAAGCUGUUUGUCAAACUACAGCAGGGAAGUGUUCUCCCGGGUUUGAUACCACAGACGAUCAACUUGGAGAGCGGCACUGGCUCCGAAGGCACAUUUACCUUUGGCGCUGAGGCAGAUUCGACUUUUGAAUACUUUCCGAAAAUGUUCCAGCUCCUUGGCGCCUCUGAUGAAGUAUACCGGAAUCUGAGCAUGAAUUCACUUGACUCAGGCAAGGACUAUCUACUAUUUCGACCAAUGACGGCAACUAAUGAAGAUAUCUUGCUACCUGGCAUUGUCAAUGCCGAUGCCAAACAGAAAUCUAUGCUAUACAACAUGGAGCAUCUCGCGUGUUUCACAGGCGGUAUGUAUGCGCUAUCUGGAAAGCUCUUUAAUCGCCAAGACUAUCUGGAAACCGCGACGCGAUUAACAAAUGGCUGCAUUUGGCUGUAUAACAUCUUCCCGUCAGGCAUUAUGCCGGAGGUCUCACAGCUUGUGCCGUGCCCGGAAGAUUCUACAACGUGCAAGUACAAUGAAGACAAGUUCAUUUCCGGCAAAACAGCCAAACUUCCGCAAGGUAUAUCUUGGGUAAGCCACAAAGAGUAUAGGCUCCGACCUGAAGCCAUUGAAAGUGUAUUUUACAUGUGGAGAAUCACAAAGGACCAGCGCUGGCGAGAUGAGGCUUGGAAGAUGUGGGAGUCUGUUACCAAAGCGGCCAAAGUUCCUGGUGGAGGAUAUGCAAUGGUACAAAACGUGGUACAGGCAGAUUCUGGCCAUGCCGAUUCUAUGGAGACCUUUUGGCUCGGAGAAACGGUCAAGUACUUUUAUCUAAUAUUCGAGGACGACGCGGUAUUGAAUCUGGACGACUGGGUAUUCAACACGGAGGCGCACGCCUUUAAGCUCGCCUCCUGA